AUGACGUUUGCUCGCUUGGUGUUGGCGGCAGCGACUAACGACAAAGUUCCUGAUCCGACGGAAGACAGUUUCCCAACGAGAACGGACGCCGCGGCCACCAUCGACUACUACAUGAACAACGUUCAUGCCCUGUUUCCCUGCUUCCCCAGGGACCAUGUUUUUAACGUUUUGGACGCGUUCUAUCAACAAGACGAGAGAGUGAAAGAAAAGCUUCAGGACUCCGACUACUGGUUGCUGUACAUGGUCCUGGCCAUCGGCUACUCCGCCCGAAGCAGAAACAAAGACGACGAGUGCUAUCGCCGUGGCCUUGACUUUGUCGCUCGAGCAUUGCCGUUUGCCGAUAAGGCGCUGAUGCCCGGUUACCCAACACAAAUCUCAUCCCUCAUUCUCUUCACGCAGUACUCCAUGCUGGAUCCGGCUCACUUUGACAGCUGGUAUCUCAUUGGGUUCGCAAGCAGGGCAGUAGUUGAUUUGGGAUUUCACCAGGACCCGCCUCAGCUGCAGGUUCCCGACAAAAACGCCCAAGAUUUAAGAAGGAGAAUGUUUUACUGUGUGUACGCGCUUGACAGAACAAUCAGUAUGAGCCGCGCCCGAUCGUUCUCGUUCACAGACGAUUCAGUGAACGUAGAGUACCCAAGCCCCUCGGCACCACCAUCCGGGGCCAUCACUGGAACUCAGUCUGCCGAUCCGGCGCUGCUUCUGUUCCAGCUCAGACGCGUUCAGUCGGAGUGGUAUCAAACCCUGCACCAGGGAGACUCAGCGCCGCUCCCCGAUCCUGCUUCUUUCAUCUGGCAAAUGUGCCUCGAGAUGAGAGAGUGGCACGAAAACCUGCCCGAGAAGGACAGUCUUCCGGCUGGCAUUCGGGAGCUAUUUGAGCUGGAGCUGAGGCAUAGUUACGUCUAUUGCCUCGCGCCUAGUGAUCGCUCUCCUCACCUGACCGACUACGCCCGAAAGCUGAUCUUCGAACACGCGAUUGCAUACAUGAACACCAUUCAUGCUGUCGCCCAUAACUCCGUCAACCCGGCUUUCUAUACCUCCCUAGAUGCGCUCAAGGUCUAUUUCGUGGCAAUGCAGUUCUUCACUGUCUUCAGCGCCGCCCGCGAACUUCUGCUCUCUGAACAGCGCAUCAUACCGCCCAUCACACGCCCAGGGACAGCACCUCCUCCUCCUUUACCACACCGUCAAAUGGGUGGCGAGGAUAACGUAGACAGAAGCAUACGAUGUUUACAGCAAGUUGUGGAGACGCUCGGGAAGUUCUCCGAGAGGUUUGAUAUCGCUUCAUCUUUGAAGGAUGGGUUUGAAAGCAUAUCAUCGGAAUUGUUCUCGUGGCUGCAGGUCCGACGACAAAUGAGAGAUCAGCAACCGCAACAGCAGCACCAUCAACAUCAGCAGCACCAACAGAUGCCUCCCGGCCCGUCGCCGCCGCAGCCUCAACAUCCUACUCACCCACCUCACCCUCAUCCGCAGGUGCUCAUGACACACCCGCAAAUGCAGAUCCCGGGCAUGAUGCCACAGCCUGGGCAACAGCCAAUGAUGCAGUACAGAUGGGUUGGUGAUGGCUCGGGUCAGAUGAUGCCUGGGGGCCAGCCUGGCCCAGGCGGCCCCCCUAGAUGA